AUGACGGAACAACUUGCCAUCGCAGCAUCUAUCACCGACGUCAUGGAUAUCGACGAAGGGGAACCCCGCACAACGGAAGGUCAACUCGAUUAUUGGCGAACGGAAUUCAUCGCUUACCUAUCCGACGGCAUAUUACCCACAGAGAAAAGGGAAGCAAGACGACUCAAAAGACGUAGCGCACAUUACGUCGUCAUGGAUGGAACACUCCAUCGAUGGGCUGCAACAAAAGUACUCCUUAGGUGUAUCUUUGGAGACGAAACAAGGCUGGUCAUGGCCGAAACACAUGAAGGAGCAGCAGGCAAUCAUUCGGGAGGACGAGCUCUCGCACUAAAAGUAAAAAGCCUCGGUUUCUAUUGGCCAACAAUGAACGCGGAUUGA